GGAACGACGUCACUUUGGCGCCGAAUCAUAGCGCGCGGAAGAAAAUAUCGGUGCUUCAGACAUUUUAAUAACACGCCAAAAUAUAUAUUAAAAAUAUAUAUUCCGGAUUUAUUCAGUAUCAGCAGUGCAAGACCCCAACGAUGCAGCGAAGCAUAGCGUCAUUCUUUCAGCCAAUGAAAAGUAAGGAGAAGAGUGAUGGACAGGUCAAAGCAAAGACUGAACCUGUAAAAAGUCCCCUCAAAAUUCAGAAUGGUGUGCAGGAAAGCGAUUCACCAGUAAAGAAGGUUCAUAAACGCAGUCGAGCAAUCAUAGACAGCGAUGAUGAAGAUCAGCCGAUAGUAGAAGAGCAGGUGCCAAAACAGAGUGAAGUUGAACCAGUAAAGCCAGAGAAGAGUCCACUAGAACCAAAUACUGUCAAACUGGAAAAAGAGGAGCGAAAUGAGGGAGAAAAAAAGAAGGAUGGGGAGAUCUCUGAUGCUGCUGAACAGAAAGAGAAGAAAAGUGAAAAGGGGGUGGAUUCUGCAGUCCAGAGCCAGUAUGAUCCCUCCAGAGCACAUUACCAUCCCGUUGACCACGCCUGCUGGAGGAAGGGCCAAAAAGUGCCAUAUUUGGCUGUCGCUCGCAGUUUUGAGAAGAUUGAAGAGGAUUCAGGCAGGCUGAAGAACAUUGAAACGCUUUCCAACUUUCUGCGAUCUGUAAUUCUGCUUUCUCCAGAUGACCUGUUAUGCUGUGUGUACCUGUGUCUGAAUCAGCUCGGCCCUGCAUAUCAGGGUCUGGAGCUGGGCGUUGGGGAGACCGUCCUGAUGAAAGCUGUCGCUCAAGCAACUGGGCGACAACUGGACAAAAUCAAGGCGGAGGCUCAGGAGAAAGGUGACCUGGGAUUGGUUGCUGAAAGUUCUCGCAGCAACCAGAGAAUGAUGUUUGCACCGGCCAAUCUGACAGCAGGGGGCGUUUUCAACAAACUGAAAGAGAUUGCUAACAUGAGUGGAAAUUCUGCAAUGAAUAAGAAGAUUGACAUUAUUAAAGGCUUGUUUGUGGCGUGUCGGUUUUCUGAGGCUCGAUACAUUGUGCGGUCACUGGCUGGGAAGCUGCGGAUCGGAUUGGCUGAGCAGAGCAUUCUCACGGCUCUCAGUCAGGCUGUGUGUCUGUCGCCCCCGGGCCAAGAGUUCCCACCAGCUGUGCUGAAUGCAGGGAAAGGAAUGAGUGCAGAAAACAGGAGAGUGUGGCUGGAGGAGAAAGCACUGAUCCUAAAACAGACAUACUGUGAGAUGCCAAAUUAUGAUGCAAUCAUUCCUGUUUUGAUGAAGGAGGGCAUAGAUGAACUGCCCAAUCACUGCAAGCUCACCCCAGGUGUGCCCCUGCGGCCCAUGUUGGCUCACCCGACUAAAGGGGUUGGUGAGGUAAUGAAACGUUUCGAUGAGGCAUCUUUCACCUGCGAGUAUAAAUAUGAUGGAGAGAGAGCCCAGAUCCAUAUUCUUGAGAAUGGAGAGGUGCGCAUUUUUAGCCGAAACCAAGAAGACAACACAAGCAAAUACCCUGAUAUUAUUUCACGAAUCCCACAGGUGAAGAAAGAGAACGUGCGGUCCUGUGUUCUGGAUUCAGAGGCGGUGGCCUGGGACAGAGAAAAGAAACAGAUCCAGGCAUUUCAGGUCCUCACCACAAGGAAGAGAAAGGUAAGAGACAAACGGUGGAGAUUCUGCUUUACCUUAUAUAAUGUGAUAUAUCAUGUGAUUGGUGCUUAUCUGGGGAAGGGGAAGAGAGCAGGCAGCUAUGGAGGAUUUCUACUGGCCUGCUACGAUGAGGAGAACGAGGAGUUCCAGUCUGUCUGCAAGAUUGGAACAGGCUUCAAAGAUGAAGAUCUGGAGCAACAUUACAAUUUCUUAAAGGAGCACAUCUUACCUAAACCACGUCCAUAUUACCGUGUGGACCAAUCAGCAGAGCCGGAUGUCUGGCUGGAGGCGGUGCAAGUGUGGGAGGUGAAAUGCGCUGACCUUUCACUGUCUCCGGUCUACAAGGCAGCGAUGGGAUUGGUGGACCCAGAGAAAGGCAUUUCACUUCGUUUCCCACGGUACCUCAGGAUUAGAGAUGACAAAAAGCCAGAGGAUGCCACCACAGGGUCACAGAUUGCAGAUCUUUACAAGAAACAGCAGCAGAUUCAAAAUCAGGGUGAAAAACAAGAUCUGGAGGACUACUAUUGAUCGCUGAGCUCUGAUUGGCUCCUGAUGUCAGCUUGUCUUAUUCCUAUUGGGCAAUGGAGCGUUUUUCAAUAUUUUGUUGCAUAUUAAUGUGCUGAAUUUUAAUGCUGUGAUAUUGUGCGACUUGAUGAAAAAUGGAAAUGAACAUGUAAAUAGUCUUUCAAUGAUGCGGAGCUAAAAUAA